UCUGAGUGCCGUAAAUGAUAUCCGCCGCCCACUGCAUCUUUUUCAAGAAGAAAAUUUUCAAGUUCGAUACAAGAAUCGCUCGUCAUGUCCUCUGAGAUCACAACCCACCAGGUUUCUCUGAUGUUAGACGAGCUAGGGAUCAACGAAGACGAAGGCGAAACAUCACAGAGCUUCUGCGAAAUAUGCGUGGAGAGAAAGGAAAAUGAUGAGAUGUUCACCGGCGAAAGCUGCGGCCAUUCUUUCUGUCGCGAAUGCAUAAGCAGACACGUGGCGGCGAAGUUGGAGCAGCGAAUAACGACGAUCACAUGUCCGGCGGUGAACUGCAAGUCAGUGCUGGAGCUGGAGAGGUGCAGGGCUCUGAUUCCGAAAGUUGUGAGUGAUCUGUGGGGAGAUAUUCUGUGCGAGGAGCUGAUAAAUGUGUCUGAAAGAUUUUAUUGCCCGUACAAGAACUGCUCAGCACUGUUGGUGAAGGACGUGGUUGGUGAGAAUCCAGAGGUUAUCAGAGAAUCGGAGUGUCCUUUCUGCAACAGAUUAUUUUGCGCGCAGUGUUAUGUUCCAUGGCAUUCGGGGAUUGAGUGCGAAGAGUUUCAGAAACUGAAUGUUGAUGAAAGAGGAAGUGAAGAUCUUAUGCUGAGAGAGAUUGCCACGAAGAGUAGAUGGAGAAGGUGUACGAAAUGUAGUUUCUACGUAGAAAGAAUUGAGGGCUGCCAGCGUAUGACAUGCAGGUGUAAUGCUCAAUUCUGUUAUGUAUGUGGAGCUGAAUGGACUAAUGAUAGUCAUUACAAGUGUGCAUAGGCCGACAAAAAAAACUUGCUUUCAUGGUUAUUUAAAUAUCUAUUAGUAGAUACUGGAAAUUUAUUUAAGUAACCGUAUUGUAUUAUCUUUGUCAAGUUUUCUUUUGUGUUUAAAAUUAUUUCUAUCAGAAAAAAUGAAAAAA